UUUUACUAAAGUAGGCUUAAAUCAUUGUAUCAAGGUUUUUACCAUAGAAAAGUAGUGUAUCAAAUAUUCCUUGGUCUGCCUUUAUGCAAAAACGUAACUCACAUGUGAUAACGAAAAUAUUAUUUUAUAAAAUCAGCUUUCGAACUCCGUAUCAAAUUUUUAAAAAACACCAUCAAAAAUACUAUCCUGUUCGUAUGAAAUAUUUAAGCAUAAAAAAGUGCAGUAUAUGAUAAAUAGAAUAUUACAUGCCAAAAUCCAUAUCAUAUGUCAUAUCAGCCCUCAGGCCCCAUAUCAACCCUAAGCCCUCGGGCUGAUAUGACAUAUGAUAUGGAUUUUAACAUGUAAUAUUCUCUAUAUAAUGAUGUAUAAAUUGAUAUAUUAGUGUUAUAAUGUUUAAUCUUUACCCGACAGCUUGGUUUUUUGGUGACCCUCAUAUUGGUACAUUGGAUGGACAUCAAUACACAUUUAAUGGGUAUGGGGAAUACAUAAUGAUGAAAAUAGAAAACGAAAAUACCAAGUUUCAACUCCAGGCGCGGACUGAUCUAGCAACCAAUGAGAAUGGAACGUCAAUUAACGCCACGAUUUUCAGUGCUUUUGCAAUUCAAGAUCAAACAGGUGCAAUUGUUCAAGUUGAAAUGUCCAGAAAGAAAGAUAAAAUGUACAUUCGGGCAGAUCAAAGGGAUUUGACGAGAGACUUCGAAAAUCAGAACUUCACUUACACAACUCAGUUCUUGUCAGUGCAACUGGAAAACCAUACCUAUAUAGCAGCAUUUCUUAAUUCCUCUAUAACCAUCAAAAUAAGUCUGGGAGUUCGAUUUUUAACUUGUGAGGCCAUAGUGGAUGCUGCGCACAAAGGAAAUGUUUCGGGGCUGAUGGGAAAUUUUGAUGGGAAUAGUGCCAAUGAUUUUCUGCUCCCUAAUGGUACAACGUUGACAGGAAGUGUUGUCGAUAGUGAAAGAAACAUUUACUUCAACUUUGGUCAAGCAUGGUCUGUAAAUGAGAGUACCUCCAUUUUCCAUUACGACACUGGUCUGUCUCAUGCAGAUUACGAUCAUCCGGAUUUUCUACCAUUUUUCAUUGACGAAUUUUCUGAAGAAAAACAGAAUCAAUCAAAGAUAGCAUGUGGUGGGGCAUCCGCCACACAGGCCUGUAUUUUUGAUUUUUUGGCAACAGGUGACAAAUCAUUGGCUAUUUCUUCCGGAAGGGAAGAAAGUACUUCGGAGUCCGAGACAAGUACCAUAGAAAACGAGACACCGAGCAUUGAUGGGCAAGGUGUUAUGAAGGCGAAGGUGAAUGUCACCAUCAAUAUGCAAUUCAACAUUUCUGAUGAUGGUACUGCUGAGUACAAAAUUUUGAAGCAACCAAACAAAAACUUUCACUUCGAUAAUAUGACAGGCAAUGCAACAUGGACACCAUAUGAUACAAAUAUAACAAACAUCAGUUUGACGGCUAUAGAUAACCACGGAGUUGAAGCGGCACCACUAGAUGUCCUUAUUAUCCUGUGUAGUGGUUGUAAUGGAAAUGGUGAAUGUAAUUACGAUAUUACAUAUAAUUCUGAAUACGAACUUUUCAAGCGAGCAACUUGUGAUUGUCAUACAGGAUACACAGGCGCUGACUGUGAUACCGAUAUUGAUGCCUGCCUCGACGAUCCAUGUCCCCUGGGAAGAAAUUGUACAGACCUUAGUGCUGAGGAGGAAUACAGUCUUGGUCGAGGCUACAACUGUUCGGAUUGCCCUGCUGGAUUUAUAGACAUAGAUAAUAAAUGUGAAGAUAUCGAUGAGUGUAAUAGUACUAGUGGAAGAGCAACGUGUAACGACUUGACAGAGAGCUGUAUGAACACAGAAGGUAGCUUCAUCUGUAACUGUUUACCAGGAUACCGAACAGCCGGGUUUGACUGCAUAGAUAUUGAUGAGUGUUCGGAGAGGACUGCUGGAUGUACACAGUUGUGUGACAAUACUCAAGGGUCGUAUAUGUGUUCCUGUUUAGCUGGGAUUAUUGACGAAGACAAUAAGACAUGUACGAUAGACACUGGUGAAUGCAGUGGGGUGAAUGUUACCUGUGAAUACGCGUGUGAAAAUUCCUCUGGGAGCUUUGUGUGCAUCUGCAACAGUGGAUUCGAACUGUCUGCAAAUGGAAUAAACUGUACAGAUGUUGACGAAUGCCAACUUGGGAUUUGUGCUCAGAAUUGCACCAACACGAUUGGUUCAUACAACUGUACGUGUUUUACUGGGUACACCUUGAACGAAGACCUAACAACGUGUUCUGCAUGUGUCGCUCCGCACUAUGGGGACAACUGCAAACAGAUAUGCGAGUGUGGUCCAGGUGGGGAUACGUGUGACCCAGUUCGUGGGUGUUUAUGUCUGUCAGAAUGGACGGGGGUACACUGCGACCAAGAUGUGAAUGAGUGUGAAGUAUAUCCAACAAUCUGUGACACAGACGAGAAAUGUCAAAACCUACAGGGAUCGUACACUUGUAACUGUAGAGAAGGCUUUCAGAAGAUCGAAGGAACGUGCAGUGAUAUCGAUGAGUGCAUCAAUGAUGGGUUAAACUCCUGUCCUCUUUCUUCCUCGUGUGUGAAUAACCAAGGGAAUUAUACAUGUCAGUGCAAGGAGGGAUACACACAAAGAUCGCCAUACGAUUGUAAAGAUAUAGAUGAGUGCAUCUCUGGUGUGGCAGACUGUUCUCAAAAGUGUGUUAACGUGGAGGGAGGAUUUAAUUGCGAGUGUGAGUUCGGAUACACUCUUGAAGACGACAGGAAAACAUGUGCAGUAGUGAUAGACAUUUGUUCGCAUUUUCCACAUCUGAAUUGUUCAUUUGGAUGCAGACAGGAUUCGGAGAAUAAAAGCAAUGGACAUUGCUUUUGUGGCGCAGGUUACCAACUCAAUAGUUUGGACAAGGAAUCCUGUGUUGAUAUUAAUGAGUGCAGUGAAAAUACUUCAAACCUUUGUACAUACAAUGACUUGUGCGUAAAUACCAAUGGUUCAUACAGUUGUUCCUGUCCGAUCGGCCAUUUCCUGCAAAACGAUGGAAGAACAUGUUCGGAAUGUGAUGAUUAUCAUUAUGGCGCUGAUUGUAAAGAACUGUGUGAUUGUGGAGUUGGUGCAGAACGCUGUGACAAGGUUUUGGGCUGUCGGUGUACUACUGGAUGGACAGGCUCCAAAUGUGAUGUGGAUAUUAACGAAUGUGACAAUGAUAGCCUUUGUAUAGAAACCAAUCAAGUGUGUCAGAACACCCACGGUUCAUACCGGUGUAUUUGUGACAUGGGUUAUAGUAAAACAUCAACUGGGAACUGCACAGAUAUAGAUGAAUGUGUCAACAAACCAUGUGACCAAAUAUGCAACAAUACAGAGGGAGGAUUCAUGUGUUCUUGUAAACUUGGAUUUAAGCUUACCCAACAAUCAAAAUGUGAGGACAUUGACGAAUGUUUAACAAGACCACCACCUUGUGACCAGUUGUGUUCGAACACUCUUGGAGGUUACGUAUGUUCGUGCAGGGAAGGAUUCCUUUUGAAUACGACAACUAAAUCUAGCUGUUUUGCGAAAGAGGAGUGCACCAGCCUAAACUCAAAUUGCACCCAGUUCUGCGCCGUACGUACGGACGGCUCAGAAUACUGCUUUUGCUCCAACGGAUUCUACUUGGAUUCUGAUAAUGUCACGUGUUAUGAUAUCAAUGAAUGUGAAAGAGGGACACAUGACUGUCACGAAAAUGCGAGUUGUACGGACACUGACGGAAGCUUUACGUGCUCAUGCAGACCUGGAUUUAAAGGAGAUGGUUAUAGCUGCACAGCAUGUGAACACAUGACAUAUGGCACCCAGUGUUCUCAAGAAUGCUUAUGUGUAGACGAAAACACUAGUGGUUGUGAUGACGUCACUGGAAUAUGCACUUGUAAACAGAAUUGGAAUGGAAGCGCAUGUGAAAUACACAAGGAUGACUGUAUGAAUGGAACUGCUAAGUGUAACUCGAGUGUAGAGGAUUGCGUAAGGGAAGACGGAACUAACAGUUAUUUUUGUUCUUGUCGGUAUGGAAGGAACGUAACUGCUGGUGGAAAAUGUUUGUCCCAAGUACCACCAUACGUCACCAACGAAGGAGAGACAAAGUUUAAAGCUGAAACUACUUUGGUGAUUGACAUAACAAAAGAGGAGUUUGAAAAUAAAACUGAAAAUAUAACAGAGAAUGUACUCAAUGUGCUGACUGAUCAUUUUGAGAGCAAAAUACGAGGCUUUAAAGCACUGCUGAUUUUAUCUAUACGACUCGGAAGCCUGAAAGUUAAAUACGAAAUUGUCCUUCAUAACAACAUUUCUAUGGAGGAGCAUACCGCUGAAUACAUAAAGGCCACAAGAGGGUUGCUCGAUACAUCAUUCCAGAUAAAGGCAUUGGGAAAAAAUGUUACAGUUUCCUCUAUAACCAUUGAAAAUGAAAACCAAAGUGAUCUUGUAUUAAACACAUCAAGCAGUUGGUGCGAGUUUGCAGAUCAUCUGUCUCUAUGUUAUGAAGGAACGCAAUGUGAUGAAACUUCCGCUUCUUGUGUGGCAAUGGCGGUAAAAGAUUCUUUCGAUCUCAUCAUUGGAUUAUGCAUUGGUAUACCCUUAUCACUGGCGGUGAUAAUAUUACUCAUCAUAGUGUGUGUUUACGGCAAAAGAAAGUCAGAGAACAGAGAUUGGAAUGAUUUAAAUGAAAAUGAUGGAUCUCUCAAUGCUAGCGACUUUUUUCGAUCAAGGAUACCUGUGCGUUAUGGUAACUGGGGUCAACAAAAUACUUACUUUCCCUGGGGUGUGGAAUCUGAUCAGAGUAUAAGGAAGAAUAACAUACUGACUAGUCAGUCUCGCCGUAAUGGUUGGUAUCAACAGAAUGUACCUUCAAAUCCAGAUCCACAUAAAGGGGAUUUCCUGCGUUCAUUUGUACCAUUGAAUAAGUCGUUUGAAAUAAAGCGACCCGUUGCAGAGAUGAGACCAAAUCCUUUGUUCUCUGAGAAUGGUCAAUCCACAGCUUGAAUAACCAAGGAAUGCAAGCAAGAAAAUUGACAUGUGUGCGGUGAAAUUGUUUACUUUAACUUUUAUACAUAAAAAGUAUCUCAUUAUCUGUAUAUCAAUAAACGGAAUAAAAGU